AGGCGUAAAUUGCGUAAACAAUUUGAUAAAAAAGAAGGCACAGUUCAUUACGUUAAAAUCAACUAAAGGUAAACAAAGAUAUAUUAUUAUCUCAGUUUUAAAUAUGGAUAACGAAGAGGAAAGUCAAAAUUUAAAUGAACUAGCGGGCACGGAACUAGCAGAUGCGAAUGUCGUUGAAAGUGGAACUCGUAUGUUGAGGUCUUUAACAAAAUUCAAAACCGACAAAGAUUUCAGGAUAAAAAUCAUAAGAACUUUGUUGCUUUUUUGGACCUUUUUUGGACUGGGAUGGAUGACCGGUCAAAUAGGACCGUCGUUUCCGGAUUUACAGCUGGUUGUCCAAGAAACGUUGGAUACAGCGUCAUGGUUGUUCACCAUCUAUUCUUUCGGAUACAUGACUGGCUCUCUAGGUGGAGGGUUAUUGUUCGACCACUUUAGCAAACCACUCGUGAUUGCACUAGCUACUUUGAUUCUGGCUGUUACUACAGUAUCUCUACCUUGGUGUAGAUGGUUCACAUUGAUGCUUGUAGUAAGAUUCGUCUCGGGACUUGGUGCAGGUGCACUCGACACAGGUGCAAAUGCCUACGUGAUGUCUUUUUGGGGUGAAAAGGCUGGUCCUUACAUGCAAGGACUUCAUUUUUGUUUCUCCAUGGGUGGAAUAGUUUCGCCAUUGGCAACCGAACCAUUUUUAGCUGAACGAUCUUGCCAUUAUCUUAACUUGACAGAGUCUAAGGUCAACCAAUCAGAUGCAAACUUGACUUUAACGGAAUACGUGUCAAAUAAUGCUACUGGAAAUAAAUGUCAAACUACGGAGUUUGCAGAGACUUAUAUUUACCUCGCCUACAUUAUUUCAUCUGUCGUAAUAAUUACAAGCUCCAUUCCAUUUUUCGUCAUAUACGUUCGUGAAAUAUUAAAAACUUUCCAAACUCCAACCCAAGAAGUAACAUCAGAGCAACCUGACGAAAAAGAAGUGGCUGAACAACGGAUACAAAUCAUCAUGUCGAAAAGAGCGCGAAUUCUUAUAUUAUUUUUGAUAUGCCUCUUUAUGAUGGUUUAUUGUGCCGUGGAAGACACGUUUUCAAGUUUCCUUGCCACUUUCUGUAUCCGUUACUUCGGCUGGACAAAAGCCACAAGUAGCUAUGCGACAAGUGUCUUCUGGAUGGCUUUUGCAGUUGGUAGAUUCCUGGCAAUAUUCAUCGUGAAAAUGUUUAAGCCCGUCAAUCUUCUAUUGUCAUACAGCUCUUUUCUGAUACUUGCUUUCGUAGGCGUACUAAUAGCAUGUUUGACAUCAAUUACAAUCAUACUAUGGGUGUCUAUAUGCAUUGCUGGUUUUUCUAUGUCCCUCAUUUUUCCAAGUGUGUACUCAUGGACAGAGGAAAGCAUACUUCAGGUAACAGGGAAAAUCUCAUCAUUCUUUGUUAUAGCUGGCUCUAUCGGACUGAUUAUUAAUCCAGUAGUGUUAGGAUACCUCAUGGAGAAAAUGACACCCCUUUGGUUUGUUUAUCUCCUGCUAGGGAAAAGCUGUUUCUCUUUAAUAUUGCUCUUUGCUGUAUUGACACUGGUGAACUUCUUUAAACAAAAGGAAGAUUCUAAAACGGUAGAUGCGGACGAUGGGACGGAAAUGGUACCCCUUCAAAAAAUGCAACAGUAGUGGAUUAAAAAUGACUUAUCAAAGAAUAGGACUAUAUGAUUAUUGAAUAAAACAGUUUCUAUGUUUUACUACAGACUCAAUCAAACCACGUCUGCAAUAUUCAUGUAACAAUGUUAUUUUUAAUGCUUCCGAGGGAUCACCCUGUUUCAAAUGUUUAUUAGAGUUGUUAGUUAGACGUAUAAACUACUUGCAUAUGCAUGUAUAUAUUUCAAAUAAAAUCACAAAAGUGACUUA